UGCAUUCAGGUUGGCCUGAUUACUUGUUUUGACGCAAGAGGCCGACCACUACCAGUAUAUUAGUAGGCCUGGUAUUCUACCAACCACUAAAACAGCUUGAAACAUGGCAACUCAGGGCUUGCUUCUCCUCCGCUCUGGCGGAAGGAGCGUUUGCAAUCUUUUCCGACAGUCCUCAAGACGGAUUACUACAAACACCUUAAGGACUCUACCAGUUGCUUCGUUGAGGACAGAAUCACACGCAGUAUCCGGAGCCCACGGGACGUACGGCAGCGGAAUUAGAUGCCAACACUCGCAAACGCACGAGACGGCUUCCACUGGAAGCAGUGAUCUUGUACAAGAUGUAGCCAUGAGCAACUCCAACUCGCGACUUUGCAUUACCUAUGCUGAUGGGAAGACGUAUCAGCUUCCGUACGUCUACCUGAGGGAUAACUGCCAAUGCCCUCGGUGUUGGCAUCCCAGUACACUCUCUCGACAAGUGCUGAUGAUGGACUUGGACAUCAACAUAAAGCCAUCACAUGCUAAGGUCGUACAGGAUGGCAAGGGUAUAGAGAUCGCAUGGCCCGACGGCCAUGUCAGCCCCUAUCCAUCCGAAUUUCUAAGGGAGAGGAGUUUUAGCCAAGAAGCGCAGUCCCGGCGCGUUGACACGUAUGGUGUUAAACAUCAAAUGUGGGGUGCUGAACAUAAAGACAAAAUGAGGAAAUAUGACUUUUUGGACAUAAUAAACAAUGAUCGCGUGUUUCUUGACUGGCUGCUUGAGAUGGAAAGAUGUGGUCUGACCAUGAUCCAAAAUGCCCCAAGAGAGAUAGGACAAUUGGAACAGAUUGGGGCUCGUGUGUGCUUUCUUCGGAGGACGAAUUAUGGUGACACGUUUGUUGUGAAGAGCAAGCAGGAUCCAAGCAACCUUGCAUAUACAAACAAAAAGCUUGGAUUACACUGCGACCUGCCCUUUUACAAUUCCGUACCGGGGAUUCAAAUGUUACACUGUGUUCGUAACACAUCAAAGGGAGGCGAAAACCAGUUUGCUGACGCGUCGUUCGCUGCUACGCAACUUCGUGAAAAGAGGCCGGACUUGUAUAAGGUGCUAACAGACACAUUAGUUGAUUUCUAUGACAUGGGAGUCGACUAUUAUAAGUAUCACAAGAUUCACAGACACCCAAUUAUUAAAUUGGACUACGAAGGCAAUGUUCUUGGUAUCCAUUACAACAAUCAAGUGAGAGAUAGCUUCCUGAAUAUCCCACUGGAAAAGGUGCAGCCAUUGUACGAGGGUAUGAAAAUGCUGGAUGAAAUCAUGUACGACCCGAAGAACAGAGUAGAUCUAACACUGAAAGAAGGGAACAUCGUGGUGUUCGAUAAUAUUCGCAUCUUGCACGGGCGCAAUGAAUACCAGAUUGGAAAGUCAGGGGAGAGGUUUCUCGAGGGCGCUUAUAUUGAUUGGGACACGGUCAAGUCAAGGAUCAGGGUGCUGAGAGAGGAGCUGGGCGUCAAGGAGUGAUAUGACCAAAUACAGACCAAGGAACUGUAUAAUGGCAUUUAACUACAUGUAUAUAAUUCAAUCGGCAAUAGUAUGACCCACACCACAGCUACACACACUGUAGACUUGGUAUUCUUUGAUCGCGCCGGACUUUAUGACACCUCACACAUUUCGUAUCUACUGAGUUGCUCCUAACGAUCUUCGAACGAAUGGAUUUGAAAAAGUACGUUGUACAUAAUACAAUCAUGUGUAUGUAAAUUUAGUUCGACACUCCGGUUUUCAUUGAAUAAUACGAUUGUAAGAUGAUCAGUCAUUAAAACACUGCGAGAUGGGUUUUGAUGGUCCAGGUACGGCGUCAUGAUCCGACGGAGCGAGGCAAACUGCGCAGUGUGUGGUGGGAAGAGGUGGCAUGUGGUUUUUGCCAUGGCUGGCACAGGAUUAUGGUUAUGGUCAUAUUUUAGUGUUAAAACCUCACUGGCCGAAGGAUCAAUGGUCUCAAGGGUGUACAUGUACAUGGGGUGAAGAAGACAGUCUGCGGUUGGAUACCCCCGGCGUAUAUACAUACUGGUCCUGGGGGACAAAACCUUGACAGAUAAGCCGAGUUGAAAGGAUGUGGCAGUGAGUGUGCCUGGGGAACCCCUUCGGGAAUAAGUGAUAUUUGUUGCUAAUAAAUAUGCAAAAUGCAUGUAAUAUAUAUGGUGCUAGCUUUGAUUUUAUAUGUUAUAAUUAUUAUUUUAGUAAGUAGGCUUACCCAGUUAAUCUCGCAUUACACGUGGUAUAAGAUUUUUAGGAUAAUAGUGUACGUAGAGCCUACUAUCGUCUUACAGAGAGAAAACAAUGUAUUAUUGAAAGAUAGUUCUGAUAUCAAAUAACAAUUGACGAGUUAACAAAU